GGCCGGGCUGGUCCUCCGGCCGCUGCGGAACCGUAGCCGCUCACGCUGCUCGCAGCAGCUCCCGCGACUCCUGGCGCCUCCGGCAGCGGCGGCGUUCUCCUGCGCGCGCUUCUCCCGGACGCACAGCUGGGGUACCUCCCGCCGCGGCGCAGCUUCCCCGCCGCUCGCGCGUCGGCGGUGGCGCGGCUCAUGCCCCACGGCUGGGAGCGCGCAGGUGGGCCGGCCGCCGCAGGGAGAUAGGCCCCCGGGGCGACGGCGGCGCGACCAUGGCCCGAAGACCCGGGGCGCCGGCCGCCUAUGGGGAGGAGUUUUCCUUCGUCAGCCCGCUGGUGAAAUACCUGCUCUUCUUCUUCAACAUGCUCUUCUGGGUGAUUUCCAUGGUGAUGGUGGCUGUGGGAGUCUAUGCUCGGCUGAUGAAACAUGCAGAAGCAGCCUUGGCCUGCCUGGCAGUGGACCCAGCCAUUCUGCUGAUCGUGGUGGGUGUCCUCAUGUUCUUGCUCACUUUCUGUGGCUGUAUUGGAUCCCUCCGUGAGAACAUUUGCCUCCUGAAGACGUUCUCAGUCUGCCUCAUCAUCGUGUUCCUGCUACAGCUGGCCGCUGGGGUCCUGGGCUUCGUCUUCUCAGACAAGGCAAGAGGGAAAGUGAGUGAAAUCAUCAAUAAUGCCAUUGUGCACUACCGAGAUGACUUGGACCUGCAGAAUCUCAUUGAUUUUGGACAGAAGAAGUUCAGCUGCUGUGGAGGGAUUUCUUACAAGGAUUGGUCCCUAAACAUGUACUUCAACUGUUCGGAAGACAACCCCAGCCGUGAGCGCUGCUCUGUGCCUUACUCCUGUUGCUUGCCUACUCCCAACCAGGUAGUGAUCAACACCAUGUGUGGCCAAGGUAUGCAGGCCCUUGACUACUUGGAAGCUAGUAAAAUCAUCUACACUAAUGGCUGUAUUGACAAGUUGGUCAACUGGAUACACAGCAACCUCUUCUUACUUGGUGGUGUAGCUCUGGGCCUGGCCAUCCCCCAGCUGGUGGGAAUCCUGCUGUCCCAGAUCCUUGUGAAUCAGAUCAAAGAUCAGAUCAAGCUACAGCUCUACAACCAGCAGCACCGCGCUGACCCAUGGUACUGAGAAUUCCAUCCGCACUUCCUCACUAUGGAGACAGGCAAGCCUCAUUGACCAACAGCAGUGAAUACAGCUCUCAGCACCAAAUGGAGAUUUGGAUUCCAGUCCCCCAGUGACAGCCCAGUGGGAAGAAGCAAACUCCAGAUGGGCAGCAGGCGGGGUGCAUAGGUGGCUCAAGUCUCAGAAGGAUGUGCUUCCUCUCCCCAUCCUAGCCCUCAGCGUUGUUAGAAAAUUAUUUUGUAUUGUUUUUAUGGAUUUGGGUUUAUGUUUUUGAAAGUUUUGUCUGGGCAGAGAUGUUUGGGAAAUGGCAGUUGCUAGCUGCUACUUCUCACUGAGGCACUAAAACUGACAGCUCUACUAGGGCUGCUGCUGAGCUUGAUGGACAGAUAUAAUCAGAUUCUGACUGUUGCCAGCAGGAUCUGCCUGGAGUCCAGUUGGCACCGUACCAGCUCCAGAAGGGAAAGGAGCAGAGCAGGCAGUGAGCUUGGGGGUCGGCUGGGGACAGUUUGUCUGUGUUGGGUAGGACUGGAAGGCGGUAUGUUUACUAAAUGCCAGCCCUGCCAUCCUCCCAGGUAGUCAUAGUGAGCUACAUCCUGCCCCACCCUCAUUGCCAUGGAAACAUGGAGCAAGGGCAAGGGGGUGCAACAGCAGCCAAAUUCAUCCCUCUCCUACCCCCACUUUGAAAAAUGUUUGGAACCAUGGUCUCUAUUCUACCGCCAGCAGACGUGGGAUUGAGCCAUAUGUGCCCUUGAAUUCCUCCUGUCUGGCCCUCCCUCUCCAGUAAGUGGAGUUUCUUUAACCUUGGCAGUGUGGAGAGGAGAGGGAACACCCUUGUUCCCAAGCACCAAGCUCAGUAUUCCUAGUGUAAGAAGCAGGGAUUGUGUUGGGGCAGGGGCAGCCAGAGAAGGCAAUAAAAGUUUGUUGACCUGGGCUAAGCAGGACUCCAUGAAUUUUCCAUUCUGGCAACCGGAAGGGGAGGGGUGGAAGGGCCCAGCUGGUGGGAGGGGACUGGACUCCCCUGACCACUACAGUACCUUCUUGGCCCCACCACUUGCCCUAUAUCCCCAGGCAGAAGCACUGCACCCCUUUCACAACCCCGCCCUCUCUGGUCUACAUUAGGUGAAAGAUUUCCAGUUCUGGAUCUGUGAGUGGUGUAAUUUUAUCCCAAAACCCGAUUUAAUUUUUUUCCAAACUAAAUUAAUUAAAAAUUUUCGGGAUGGGAGUGGGUAAGGCUACAUAACUGCCAAUCAAUAGUCUAGCCCUCUGCGCUGCGGGGGAGGAGAACGAGGAGGAUGAAGGCCAUCGUCUUCACUCCCAAUCUGGGCCAUCUGCCUCCCUCCUCCAUCUUUAUCUGAAGGAGCUGGGUACCGCCGCCGCUCUUCGCUUUUUCUUACUCGGAAGAGACGUGCAGCGUGCAGCGGUACUUACUCGCGCUCAGACGAGCGUGCGAAGGAGGCAGGCUGGGAGGCCCCGAGCAGGGCGGCCGGGCGGGCGCGUCCGGGGGCGGGGCCGGGGCGGGGCCGCGCGGCGCCGUGGGUGGUCCCUGCCCCCGCCGAGGCCCGAGCCUGAGCCUCAGCACCCGGCCGGGCAAGAGUUGGGGGCUGAGUUGCGAAGGAGCGGGUGCUGGGCUGUGUGACCCCGCUAUCCCGUGAGGGUCCCCCGAAAUCUCCUCGUCCCCUGCUGCCCGGGGACUCAGACUAGGGGCUUGGCCUGAGUUGGGAAAGACUCGAGAGAAUCCCUCCCCUGUUGGGGAGACAGUCGCGAGUUCUCUCUCCCUGCCCCCAGUUUCUCCAAAGCGAGCCUUCUGCUCCCGAGAGGGCGCCUUUCCAGCAGCCGCCCGGGGAACCCAGCCAAUGUUUAGCUCCAGCUAGUAACAGAACGGAAAGAGAAAAAUAAAAUCAUCACAAAUAAAAAAA